AUGGACAAAGUGACUCCGUUAAUCAUCAACUCUCGCUUUGUCAAAAUACAGGGCGACUUAUAUGAAUACUUUGACCUCCGAAAAACGAUAGUCCCAAAAGACUGUGGAGACAACAACAUAGCAAUUCAACACAGCACAACACUUCCACACAACGAAAACAUCGACAAAACAAAGAGUUUCGAUAAUUUACCAAAAACCCCGGUGCAACUCCCAGACUUCUCACACGUAUUCUCCCCAACUCCUUUUGAGGUCUUGCGACAAAAUGAAAAGGAAAAAUCCAAUGAUAAGCAAAUAGUGACUUCCAAACCACUUUACACAAAAAUAACUCACAUUCCUCAAAUAACAGACAUCACCCCAAUACAAACACCGGACCAACAAACAGAAAUGUUACAAGACGACGUUCCAAUGAACAACGAAACACCACGACCAAAUCACACACCAUCGUUGCAGAAAGAAGAACAGUUGUACCCGGGGUCCAAGUCCGAGUUGGAGAGUUUUUGCCCAAGUAAUGCGGAGCAUAUAUCACCGGAACAAAAGAGUGAGGAAGACCCACAUAUUGUGGUCAACUUAAAGACACUCCAAAUAUUCAAAGUCAUCACAAAGUAUAUUCCAAGUAAUGGCAAUCACCCAAAUAAAAUGUUCAAGUACUACGUGCCAUCAACUCAACUGUUUUACACGACAUACCCAGAGGACAAAGUCAUGUACUUAGUACGGUGGGAAAAAUUUUCAUAUCUUGAAGCGACGUGGAUUUUAGAGAAGGAGGUGUGUGCAGAAAAUGAUCGAAAAGGUCUUGUGAAGAAGUUUGAACACGACUGGAAGUAUCACAAAUAUUUAUCAAAUCAAGUAAUUAAGGCCUCUUGUUACCCCGAAAUUGAUGAAAUUGUCCCCCGCAGCUUUUUAGUUCCAAGUAAGAUCUUAACUGAAAUUGAUCGCAGAGACCAAAGUGGAAAUGUCAUCAAGAUGUAUCUAGUGAAAUGGGUGUUAGGGAGAGAGGUUUUUGUCUCUGAAGAGACCACAUCGAUGUUUGUCGAGGAGAAUUAUCACAACAUUUUUAAUCGGUUUAAGAACAGUGGUGGAGCCUUCCCAAUUGAAUUUACAAUGACACAAAUGAACGCGAAAAUGGCUGGAGAGAAUAUAUUAGAGAAGUAUGACGUAUUAACGAUUUGUGGAGGGUUUGGGAAAAGGAGCGUCGGACUUGGGUUAUUUGGAGAACUGAUGACGGGAGAAAAUAAGAGGGGGAUCAUCUACUGUGAAGGGUCGAGUUUCAGCUAUUACACCGACCAAUUGCAAUUCUUGUUUCCUGGGAGAAAUGUGACUUAUAUUAACUCGUUACCGACAUCGUCACAACUUGAAGGGUUGCUUGAACUUGAGUUGUACGACAAUGAAGGGGAAAUGAAGUCACAAAUAGUGGUGAUGUGUUGCAAACACUUUGCGUUCAAUCAGGAAAUACAAUUUGAUGUUGGGUUUGUCGAUUUCCGGAGUGAUGAAACCAUUAAAAUAGAGAAGUGUGACAAAUAUAUCUUUGUGGGAGAGAACAUUAAAAAGGAGUGGGUCAAAAAGGUCACCGGGAAGAAAUGUGGGGAGGUGGAAGUGAAAGAGCACUGGCGGCCACAUAUAUCGGAAGUUGUGAUCAUCGAAAAAAUGACGGAGGAACAGUUAGUUGAGUAUUGGCAAAUAGAAAGAGGGGAAGAGAGUGAGGGGAAGUGUGAGGUUCUUCGGAGGAUGUGUGAACAAAAGACUCUACUAGUGACCACCAUAUGUGAUAAACAAUUCGAGAGAUAUAGAAAGCUGGGAAGCGUGUGGUAG